GAAGCUGAGGAGCGGAGGGGCGGGCAUCCCGCAGGACGCGGGCGGCGAGUGCAUGGAGCGGGGCGGGCUGCUGGGAGAAGUGGCGGGAGGCAGCUCCUCGCUGCUGUGUGAAGGUCCAUGACCUGCGAAUGGAACUAUCUCAGGAGGAGCUGGCUCUGUCGUAUAGGGUUCAGCAUGUAUGUGCCUCGCUGUGUGAGAUGCCCAGGAACCGAAGGUGAACAGGGAAGAUGGGCAUUGUCCCAUCUUUGCUAAAAGACUGGCCUCUCUUCCUCUAGAGAAGCAGUUGCCUCUGUGAUUAAUUCCCAAUGUAGUUUUGGUAGAGACUUGUUGGAAUUGUUGAAGAUGUCAUCAGGCCUUACAGAGGAGCAGAAGAGGAGGAUAGAGGAGAACCGGCGGCUGGCUUUGGCCAGGAGGGCAGAGAGGCUGGCAGCCCAGGGCGCUGGGCAUGGGGGCAUCGCUGCAGCUCCGCACACCGGGCACAGGCUGGGCAAGCCGGGCAGCUCCAAGGAGGAAAACAAUCAUGUUGGGUUCACCAGCCAGCCCCCACACAAUCCAAACACGCCUGUGGAGCAGAGGAACUGUCUCCAGAAAGGCUAUAACCAUUACACAGCCAAGCAACAGAUGGCUGGCUCACACAGAGAGCAGCAGAAGAGUUGUUCAGAGGACUCGGAGCAAGCAAGUGGCCUAAAGCAGUUCCCUGCGAUGAUCCCGAAUUCUCUGAGUUAUUCCCAUAAACAUUUCUUGGAUGCUGGUAGUCAGGAAGAUGGACAGCGCACUUCAGUUAAUCAUGGAACAUUCCAGCAGCCCAAAUGCAGCCCAGCGUUCAAAAACCCCACAGGACCACCUCAUCCAAGAUUCACUGAUAAUGGGCACCCUGAGGAUAGUAAAGAUUUACAAACUCAGGACAAAUCUGCCAUUAAAUAUGUUUCACCACCAGUCCGUGUCCUCGUGAGCGAUUCAGAAAUGCUGGAAAGCAUGAACACAGUGACAGAAAGAACAGGAGGAGGUUUUGUCCCUCAGGCCAGGGGUGGGGUGCAGAAGCUGACCACCUCUGCUGGUGUGGGCUCUGCCUCUGAAGCUGCCUCUCACAAGAAAGCAAAUAACAUUACAAAAGGAAAAUGUGUGAAAUAUGGGGAAGACCGAUUCCAGGUUGAAAUAGGGUACAAUGCUGAACUUAUUGCUGUGUUUAAGAAGGUUCCAAGCAAAGCCUAUGAUCCUGCUAUGAAAAAAUGGAAUUUCAGCAUGGAAGAUUACAGCAGUGUCUUGGAAGCAGCCAAUCAACUUUCAUCAGUAAUUCUGGCACCACUGGAAGGAGAAAGUGUGGUUGGCUUGGCAUCAGGCUCUCAUUUUGUUGGCAGCAGGGUUGAUGUGAAAUCCCUCUUGAAGAUGUGUAAGAGCUGGAAGAAGCCCUCAGCCCUGGUCAAAGGGAAGUGUGUGCUCAUCUCCCGCCUGCGAUUUGAGGUCGAUGUUGGGUAUUCUGCAGAAGUGAUUGCAGUGUUCAAAAAGAUGGAUUCCAGAAAUUAUGAUAUGAAUACCAGAAAGUGGAAUUUCCUGCUGGAGGAUUACCCCAAACUAAUGCAAGAGUUACUGAGCCUCGUGUCCGUAGAAGUGGAGCCACUGCCUGAAGCAGUAAUUAAGACCUUUGCUGCUCAGCUCCAGAGAUCUCCAUCACUGACAGACAUUCCUGAUGCUGACCUUUCAGGAGUGGACUCCAAAAUUGUGACGAGCCUCAUGCCCUUUCAGCGGGAAGGUGUGAAUUUUGCCAUUUCCAGAAAGGGACGUUUGCUGCUGGCGGAUGACAUGGGCCUGGGCAAGACCAUCCAGGCCAUCUGCAUUGCUGCCUAUUACCAGCAGGAGUGGCCCUUGCUGGUGAUCACUCCUUCUUCUGUGAGGUUUACAUGGGCAGAGGCAUUCCACAGAUGGCUUCCAUCCUUGAGUCCAGGAAGCACCAAUGUCGUAGUGAGUGGGAAAGACAGCCUAACAGGAAGCUUGAUCAACAUCAUCAGUUUUGAUCUCCUCAGCAGGAUGGACAAGCAACUUAAGAGCACAUUCCAAGUAGUUAUUGUUGAUGAAUCUCAUUUCCUGAAGAACACAAAAACUGCACGCUGCCAAGCUGCCAUGCCUCUACUCAAGGCUGCCAGGAGGGUGAUCCUGCUCUCAGGAACGCCGGCCAUGUCGCGGCCCGCGGAGCUGUACACGCAGAUCGCCGCCGUGCAGCCCGGCUUCUUCCCGCUCUUCCACUCCUUCGGCCUGCGCUACUGCGACGCCAGGAAGAUGCCAUGGGGUUGGGACUACUCUGGAUCAUCCAACUUAAUUGAAUUGAAAAUUUUGCUGGAAGAGUCCAUCAUGAUCCGACGUCUGAAGUCAGAUGUGCUUUCCCAGCUUCCAGCAAAGCAGCGCAAAAUGGUCGUGGUGGCUCCUGAAGGCAUUAGUGCAAAGACCAAAGCUGCCUUGGCAGCUGAAGCAAAGAAGAUGGCCAAAGGAUAUGAAAGUAAACAACAGGAGAAGGAAGCUCUUCUUGUCUACUUCAGCAGAACAGCAGAAGCCAAAAUCCGCUCAGUCGUAGAGUACAUCCUGGAGUUACUGGAAAGUGGGAAGAAUAAAUUCCUGGUGUUUGCCCAUCACAAGAUAAUGCUGGAUGCAGUAGCUGCAGAGCUGAAGAAGAAACACGUCGAGCACAUUCGCAUCGACGGCUCCACAUCCUCAGCUGAGCGGCAGACUCUGUGCCAGAAGUUCCAGCUCUCAGAGAAGCAGGCUGUGGCUGUCCUGUCCCUCACUGCUGCAAACAUGGGCCUGACAUUGUCUGCUGCAGAUCUGGUGGUGUUUGCAGAGCUCUUCUGGAACCCAGGGAUUUUGAUCCAAGCAGAAGAUCGGGCACACCGAAUUGGACAGACCAGCUCUGUUAAUGUUCACUACCUGGUGGCUAAAGGCACAGCAGAUGACUACUUAUGGCCAAUGAUUCAGGAGAAGAUCAAAGUGCUGGGUGAAGCUGGUCUUUCAGAAACCAAUUUCUCUGAAACAGCUGAGUCAACUAAUUACUGUCCUAAGACAGAUCCAAAGCAGACGACAAUCUUUGACCUUUUCCAGAAGACCUUCUCUGAGAGCAGAGAUGAUGCUGAUGAUGUUUUGUUUUUGGAGGCAGCUGAUGCUGGCUGUGAGUUUGACUCUGGCAGUGCCCUGCAAGACAGAGAAGCAGAGGCACAUUCAGUGAGUCCCAAAAAAAAGCGGCGUAUUGAGGAAGUGUAAAUGGUGACAGCUAAAAAUAGCAGCUUAGAGAUUAUUUUUUUUAUUAAAAAAGAAAAAUCAAAAGCAAUCACAUAUUAUUUUUUGAAUUUUUGAAAAUAAAAGACUUGAAAUGUUCUGUAUCUCUGGCAUGUUUCAUCUCAAAGGAUGAGAAGGCAGUCUGACAGUGUGACAGGUGUGCAGCACACACCUGGCAGCCUGCAGGGUUUGCAGUCCUGGUUUUGCUGAUGACUGAAUGGACAUGGGCAAGUAUCAUUCUGCUCUGUUUCAGCAUGUCAGCUUCCACAGUUGUUUUGUUUAAAAACAUUGUCUUUCCCCAAGGCAGAACUCUUGAGAAAACCAACUCAUCAGCAGCUGCAGAGUGCUUUUAACAAUGUUUUCCCUUUCCAAAAGUCUGUUUUUCUAGGAGUUUGUUCACUGGCAAAUUGGGCCAUUACUUGGAUCACUCACAGACUGGCUCUUGGGUAUUCCAUUUGGCCGUGAGGAAAAAAGAUCCAAACAGAUCUUGAUGUUUUGUGGUGGUGGGGGAGAGGAGGGAAAAGAGGAAGUUACCACCUUGAGCUAAGUAAUAUAGCUGUUUGCCACUAAGUGUGCAUUACCUGUUUUAGGCACAUGUCUGCCUCGGCACACUCAUCUCUGGCCUCAUGCUGAAUAUUAGGAUCUGCUCCAUGGCAUGUGCUGCUUCUAUUAGCAGAGGGGGAAGCUUGUGCUGACUGCCAGGGGUUAACCCUGACUGGGGUGGGUGGGUGUUUUCUUCAGGACUUAACUGAUUUCUACAGGUGAAUGAUGAGAAGGGGACACAGGCAGACUUUUGCUCUUGUUUUGUAAGAAACUGGUUCUGGACUGAACUGUUUAAAUUAAAAAAUUGUUCUAGGUUGUAUACCAAGCUUUUGUUACUUCCUCUAUUUUAGCAUUCUCCCAGAUAGCUGUGUUUUACACUGUAAUCUGUAGAAAAGGUGGCAAACUGAAGGCUUACAUUUAGCUCCUGGAGGCCAGUAGCUAACGUGCUGUGGAGGUGAUGUGCUUGGCUCUGUGCAGGUACCAGACACUGACAAAAAUACCUCUCUUGCAAGGCAGAGGAGAAAAAUGUUUGUGCUGUCAGAUCAACCUGGUAACAUUAGGUAUUCUUUCCUGCAUUGAAGGGAUUGAUUGUUCCAUUUUCAGCUGGUGAGGUCACGGAAAUGCCCCACAGGCUGCAUGUACAGUUGUGCUGCAUUUCAUUCGUGCCUGCAGAUGGUGCUUUGGGGUGUGAGCAGUGGCAAGGGGUAUUAUGGCUGGGCAGCUGGAGGAAAUGCUUUAUCUCUGGGUUUGAGCCUGAGAGUUACCAUCACUGCUCUUCAGCAGCUGCCCAGGUGAUGAAGACACACUUUUUGACAUUUUAUAAUGUCUGUCAUCUUGAACACAGAGUAUUUAAUCUGUCUGUAGGAUGAGUGAUCUUUCUACUUGCAAAGUGGGUUGUUCUGAGUAAGGGGUGAGAAAUGUUGCUGUCUGCUGACUGAAAAAAAAAAAUGCAAAAGGCAUUAUUUGUGUACCCAUAUUGUUGUCUCCUGUAGGAGUAGUUCUUUUCUUUAUAAAGCUGCAGCUGUUUCAAAACAAUACUUUUCUAAGAUACACUGAAAGUACCCUUGGAGAAUUCUGCUUCUUAUUAACUUGAUUCAUCUUGUCUGUAUGUUGAUAAAUCCCAGCCCUGCUAGAGGAAUGCCAGGUGAACCUUCCCUUUGUUAGAACAUAUAAAAUCUCAGCUGGUUUGCUGCCCAGAUACAGAGGUUUUUCAAAUACACCUGAGAUCCACUUUUUAUCCUUACUACAUGAAAAAGGGGAGAAGAACCUUGCAGGAAAGUGCUGUUAGUGAUUACUUCAAGGGACUGGAGGGACUGCAGGCCUUACCCCAAUGGCACCUUUAGUCCGUCAUUUAUAUGGUGAGGAGGUGGCUGGGCAGCUGGCAGCAGGCUCAGACAGGAUCUCAAGGGUUGCUGAAGAACUCUGCAAGGCAUUGUGCAGAAUGGGACCCACAGCAGGCUCGGAACAUGGAGCACUCCUGGGCCUCCUGUACCUGCCAUCUGAAGAUAGUAGAGCUGUAUCUUUUUGGCAUCAUCUAAAACCAGCAGAGGAAAGGGAAGGACCCAUCUCACUGGAUGUGGAGCAUCCUGCUGUGGCUGGAUGCCUGCUUGUACACCUGCAUCAGUGCUCCCACUCGUGUUGGAGAAAGGUGUGUUUUCAAGGAGGAUGCGAAAACAGCAACAACAGGUUAAAAUACAUCAGCAAUAAACCAGAGCAGUUCCAACUAAGUGUUCAGGCUGGCUAGCUUUGUGACCUGAAAUGUUCAAGGUGGUGGACUAUCAAGCCAUAGCUGUGCUGGCCUGUGUCCUUCAUCUUCUCAGUCCCUUGGAAAUAAAUGUGUGUUUACUUUGGCAGUGCUGGGAAUGGCUGUCACCCAGGGUGGCUGGGUUUGGUUAUUGCCAGAGCUCUCUGUGACACUGGUAGAUGAUGGAUAUGACCAUGUGCUGCUCUGUCACAGCAAACCUGAACUCUGUACAUACAGAGCAGUAGAUUCUCUGGAUGUGUUGGCUGACAAUUUAUAUUUUUUUAACCAUAUAGUCACUAGGCAGGAAAGGAAAUUACUUUUUUUCUGUUUUCUAAUACGUUGGUAUCAAAGCUGUAUCCUGUGAGUCAUCAUUGUGACGAGGAUCUGAAAAGGGCAGAUUUAUUCGUAGGAUAUAGCAAAUGAAAUUUUGAUUCAGCUGAGGGAGAUAUAAAUACCAUUGCCUAAAGCCUUGCUGAGCCCUCAUCUCAAACAUUGCUCUGGCCCGCCAGCUCCCACAAGAGCUUGCAGGGAUGAGCAGGGAAUGAGGAGCCUGGCAUGACAGAGGGCAUUAAAAAUGUCAGUGUUCAAACCCUCAGAGCAAGAGCCAAGAUGGGAUGUGACAUUUGUCCAUGAGCAUCUCUUAAAAGUACAGACCCCAGCCAGGGAACGUAACACAGUGGCUGGGUACAUUCGAUUCCUUGAUUCCCUCUUAGCUAAACAGACUGCAAGAGUGCUGUCCUUGCUUGAGGCAGCCAGGGUGGGUAUGGAGGAAAAUUCCCUGCAGCAAUUACCUGGGGCCUGGGAAGCUCCGGCCCUCUCCUGGUAGGAGGGGAUGGACCAGAGCUGCCUCUGCACAUGGAGUAGCUCUCAGGCUAACUGGAUUACAUUUCUUAAUGGAGGCUAAUAAGUUGCUAAUCCCCUUACAAGCAUUGCAGCUCCGUGGCACUACUGUAUUUUUCCCUGUGUGUUUUGGGGCUCGGAAUCACGUCUGAAAUGGCACACGAGGGCUUUCAGGGCUGGUGGUUUCAGCACUGGCUAACCCCGAGGAAAUUAGGAAAUCAGGUUAAGACCUGACCUGAUGCCAAAACUCUUGAAACCUCAUGGUUUAGGGUUGAUAUGUUUUAUUAUAAGCAUUCAUUCUCGUUGAUUUUUAUAUUUACUUUUUCUGCAGUUCUGGGCACGUUUUCUGUCCCUGUAUUGACUUCCUGCUUAUCUUCUUUAAAAACGAGGUGAGUGAAUGGAACUGCCCAGUUUCCUUUUCUGCUGCGACUUCCCUCGCUGGAAACCCAGGAAUGUGAGCUCCGGCGGUGCUGGCGCCCCUGCACCGCCUGGGUCUCCCAGCGUUCCACAGGAUGGGUUAGGCUGAAGGGACCGCGCUGCUCAUCCGCUCCAGCCUCCCUGCUCGAGCACGGCCCU